UCAUGGUGGUACUGCAUUACUUAUCUACUCCAGCAGUCCAACAAGUCAAUCAACAAAAGGUUACAGUGGCUCUGUCAUGUUCUCACCACUUGUCUCAAACAUGGGUCCACAAUUUGACCAACUCCUCUCAAAGCAGAACAAGUCUAUCAGGGGAGUGUGUGCCCAUGGUGGACAUCAUGUUCAUGAAGACCCACAAGACUGCCAGCAGCACAUUACUCAACAUCAUCUUCCGCUUCGGUGAGAAGCACGGUUUAAAGUUUGCCUUUCCUAAAGGUCGCAAUGACUUCUUCUACCCAUCCCCUUUCCUUUGCUCCCAGGUCAAAGACUACCAGCCUGGGGCAUGUUUCAACAUCUUAUGUAACCACAUGCGCUUUGAUGGGCAUGAGGUGGCAAAGCUCCUCCCAGCAGACGCUGCCUAUGUCACCAUCCUACGAGACCCGGCGGAGUUGUUUGAGUCAUCCUUCCAUUAUUACAGCCGGGUGGUUCCCCUCACCUGGGGGAUCCGCGGAGAUGACAAACUGGCUGAGUUUCUGCGCGAACCCAGGAACUACUACACCCCAGGGAGCUACAACUCAUUCUACCUCAAGAACCUACUCUUCUUUGACUUUGGAUUUGAUAACAACUUAGAGCCAGACCACCCUCUGGUGGAGAGGGGUAUUCAGACCUUGUCCCAACACUUCCAGCUGGUCCUGAUGGCGGAGCAUUUUGAGGAGUCUCUCAUCCUGCUAAAAGAUACACUCUGCUGGACGAUGGAAGAUAUGCUGUUCUUCAAGCUCAAUGCCCGCAAGCACUCAUCUGUGUCACAACUGACCCCUGAGCUAAGGGCCAAGGCCCUGGAGUGGAACGGGGCCGACUGGCGGCUCUACCAGCACUUUAACGCCACAUUCUGGGCCAAGGUGGAGGCAUACGGGCGGACACGCCUGGAGCAGGAAGUGAAGGAGCUGAGGAGGAGGAAUGCAGAGAUGGCUGCCAUGUGCAUUGAGAGUGGGGGAGCAGUGGAGGCUGGGAUGAUUCGGGACACGGAUCUGCUUCCCUGGCAGCCAGUUGGAGAGAACUCCAUCUUGGGUUACAAUUUAAGGAAAAACAUAGACCCCAAAUACAGGGAACUCUGUCGGAAAAUGCUCACACCUGAAAUACAGUACCUAUCAGAGCUAGGGGUCAACUUGUGGCUCACAAGAUUAUGGGGUUGGUUAAAGGAUACUAUAUUCUAG